CUCACUCAUUCCUCUUAUUAAUAAUAAUCAAAUAUAUAUGAAGAAAAUAUGCAGCGGUCUCAUCAUGAUCACCUCUUUGAUGUCAGUUAUAAUAAUAUCUUCUUCUUUUUGUAAUUCUAUGGCCACGGCAGCAGCCAUACCCAAUUUUAAUAAUAUUGGCGCCGACCAGUCUGCUCUCCUAGCCCUGAAAUCCCACGUCACUUCCGACCCAUUCCACCUCCUGGAAAAUAACUGGACGGGUGGCACUACUCAUGACGUCGUCUGCAGUUGGGUCGGAGUUAAGUGCGGCCUCCGCCAUCGACGAGUCACCUCCCUGGACCUCAAUAGCAUGGGUCUCGUCGGCACCAUCCCCCCGCAGAUGGGUAAUCUGUCGUUCCUCCUACGCCUCGAUCUCUCCAACAAUAGUUUCCACGGGACACUGCCGGAGGAGAUGUCUGGGCUCCGGCGGCUGAAGUAUGUCAGCGUCGCGUAUAAUGGUUUUGGCGGGAAAGUGCCGCAGUGGCUGGGAAACUGUUCGGAGCUUGAACAAAUCUAUUUUCAGAAUAAUAGCUUCUCAGGAAUUCCGGAAGAGAUUGGAAGAUUGCAGAAGCUGAAGGUGUUGUUAUUAGAGUUUAAUCAGCUGACGGGCACAAUUCCGUUGUCCCUCUUCAACGUUUCGAGCUUACAAACUAUUGGACUGAGCUACAAUGACUUGUCUGGCGAGCUUCCAGCGGAUUUGUGCCAUUAUCUUCCCGACCUGGAAGUCCUCUUCUUGGCUGCGAACCAGUUAGAGGGACCAAUCCCAUCCUCCAUCGGCAGAUGCUCCAAGCUUCGGCUCCUUAAUCUCUCUAUUAAUAGAUUCCUUGGCCAGAUUCCCACGGAGAUAGGAAACAUGACCAACCUUGAGCAAAUCAGUAUUUGCUCAACUAGUUUGACAGGUCCAAUUCCACGUGAGAUAGGAAAACUUGUCAAUUUGAGAGAAGUGUAUCUUUGGCGCAAUGGACUCACUGGACCUAUUCCAAAUGAAAUUUGGAAUUCUUCCUUUCUCAAUUAUGUAGAUCUUAGGGAGAACAACAUCACAGCAGGUGCUAUCCCAGAGGAGGGAUUUGACAAGCUUCACAAUUUAGAGACAUUGAUAAUUCAAUCUAAUAAACUAACUGGUUCUAUUCCUCAAUCAAUAUUCAACUCCUCCAUAUUGCAAGUACUUUCAUUGGUCAACAACCAGCUUUCUGGCAAUCUCCCACCAAAUUUAGGCCUUUCUGCCCCCAAUCUUGAACAAAUAUAUCUGGGCUUGAAUCAGUUCAGUGGUGUCAUCCCAAACUCCAUCUCCAAUGCUUCAAAGCUGACCCAUCUAAGCCUCUCUGGAAAUCAGUUCAGCGGUCCAAUUCCUAGCUCACUUGGUAAUUUGAGGCUACUUCAAGAUGUAUCCUUGGCUAAUAACAACUUUACUGGAGACCGCGAGUUGAAAUUCCUGAUGUCUUUGACAAACUGUAGGUACUUACAAAAUAUAGCGAUAGGCAGGAAUCCUCUAAAUGGAAUCCUCCCAUCUUCCAUUGGCAACCUCUCCACUUCUCUCCAAAGCUUUUAUUUCUAUCGUUCUGGAAUUAAGGGCCACAUCCCUCCAGAAAUUGGUAACUUAACAGGAUUGGAGACUUUAUCUUUUGGCUACAACCAGCUGACCGGUUCACUUCCCGACACUCUCAAAGAACUAAGGAACCUCCAAGCAUUCGGUGCCUCUUCUAACGGUUUACAAGGACCCUUUCCCAGUUGGCUCUGUGACUUACGGGCAUUAAGCAUUUUACAAUUAGAUGGAAAUGAGUUUUCUGGCCCGUUGCCAGCUUGUUUGUCAAAUAUUAGCUCUCUUAGGGAAUUCUAUGUAUCUUCAAAUAGACUAGUUUCCGACAUUCCUUCAAGCAUUUUUAGUCUUCCCAACCUUUUGAUCCUCGAUCUCUCAAACAAUUCAUUUACCGGGCAUCUGUCCCCUGAUAUUGGGAACCUAAAAGUUGCUACAACUAUAAACAUAUCCUAUAACAAACUCUCCAGCGAAUUGCCGGUCACAAUUGGAGGCCUAACGAACUUGAUAAAUCUUUCUUUAUCAGAUAACAAAUUCCAAGGACCUAUUCCUGAGUCACUUGGCAAGAUGCUGAGUUUGGAAAACCUAGAUCUUUCCGAAAACGAACUUUCAGGUGCGAUUCCAAAAUCUCUGGAGGCACUUGUUUAUCUCAAGUCCUUUAAUGUUUCUUUCAAUCACUUGAGAGGAGAAAUUCCUUCAAAAGGGCCUUUCCUUAACUUCAGUAAUGGGUCGUUUAUGGGCAACAAAGCGUUGUGCGGAUCUUCCACCCUGCAACUGCAAUAUCCCCCAUGCCCGACCAGUUCUCCUCGGAAGAAAAAACAAAACCAUCUUGUUAUUCUAUACAUUCUAUUGCCAAUUGGCGUGGUGGUGGUGGCGUUGUUUAUCAUUUUCUUAGUAAUGCUUAGAACACGGUCAAAGAAAAAGAUUGAUCAGCAAGGCGGUCUCCCCUCACCUCUAAAGCCUCUUGAAAGGAUAUCUUACGAUAACCUGUUUCGUGCCACCGAAGGAUUCAGUCACAGCAACUUGAUCGGAGUUGGCGGGUAUUCUUCAGUGUAUAAAGGACUGCACAGAGACGGAACCACUAUAGCUGUAAAGGUAUUCGACCUGAAGGUGGAAGGAGGUUUUAAGAGCUUUGAUACGGAAUGCGAGGUGUUGAAAAGCAUUCAACACCGAAAUAUUGUGGGAGUGUUGACUAGUUGUUCUAGACCCGAUUUCAAGGCACUUGUGUUGGAAUACAUGCCUAAUGGGAGUCUUGAUAAGUGGUUGUACUCUCACAACUAUUUCUUGGACACGUUGAAGAGACUAGAUAUAAUGAUCGAUGUGGCUUGUGCUUUGGAAUAUCUGCAUCACGGGUUUAUAAGUCCGUUGGCACACUGUGAUUUGAAGCCGGGGAAUGUUCUUCUCGACCAAGACAUGGUGGGUCAUAUAAGUGACUUUGGCAUUUCUAAGCUUUUAAGUGUGGAUGAUAGUAUUGCUCAAACUAGGACACUGGCUACAAUUGGAUAUAUUGCCCCAGAAUAUGGGAGGGAAGGUUUGGUUUCCAUAAAAUGUGAUGUGUACAGCUAUGGAAUCAUGCUUAUGGAAACAUUUACAAGAACAAGGCCAACAGAUGAGAGGUUUGAUGAGGAGGAAGGGGGAGGAUUAAGUUUGAAGAAAUGGGUGAAGGAUUCUUCAGUAGAGGAGAUAAUAGAUGCCAAUUUGGUGAGGAUGGGGGAAAAGAACAUAAAUGGUACUCUGGAAUGCGUAUCAGCCAUUAUGGAUUUGGCUUUGGCUUGCUCUGCUGAAUCUCCUGAAGAGAGGGUUGACAUCAAACUGGUCCUGACGACUCUGAGGAAGAUCAGACUGAUGUUUAUUGGGUAACAUGAUCCAACUUUUAUUGAUAACCUGAAACAUUGAUGAACUAUGGGCCGAAACUAAAAAUCUAAGCAUAUGAGGUAAUUAAUCUUUGUUCUUGUAAUGUUGUCCAUUUGAUAAACUGUCAAUCUUUGUUCUGCAUCUGCAUUUUUAAACAAUUGAUUUUUAAAUUAAUCUUCUAACAAUUUUGUUAAUUUGAUAUUUUACAUA